AUGGAUCAAACAUCACUAUUACUACAACCACAACAACAAAAUGAAUUCAAUGAUAAAUAUAUAAUUCAUUUUUUAUGGGUAACAUCAGAUCAAUUAGUUUCAAGUGGAGAGAUUCUGAAUGCAAUAAAAUGUUUAGAAACAUUAAUUAUUUUCAAUGAACAAAAUGAAAAUGAACACGAAAUCGAUUAUCAAAUUUUACAUAAACAAUUUAAAAAAAAAGAAGAUAAAAUAAAAAAAAAAAAAAAAAAACUUUUAGAGCAACAACCAAACCUUAUUCCAUUCAAAAUGACACCAACUGAAGAAGCUAUUACCAGAAUUAAAAUUGCAGAAUUGUUAUUCAACUAUACCCAUAAUUAUAAUGAUUCAAGGUUUUAUUUAGAAAAAGCAUCACUUUUACUUUCAGUAGACCAACAAUCUUCAACUUCUUUAGAUUUACAAACAAAAAUUUCAUCAUUUUUAAUUGACAUAUUUUUAUAUGGUAAUCAAAUUAAUUUAAUUAAACAAGAAAUUAAAAAAGGUUUAAAAUAUUCAAAAUUGUAA